AUCGAAUGGUCGCGACGAAACCGAAACAGGAGAGAUCUCGCGACGUCCACUGAUGCCGACUGUCGAGCAUUCCCCCCUCUCUAUGUUGCGACUCGUCGCGGGCAUCUCUGCUGGCGUCGUGUGCCUCAUCGGCCUCGAAGAGCUCAUCCGCCGGAAGCGCAAGAAGGCCGCCAAUGCGUCAUCGACAAAGGAUGCCAAGCAGCAGGGUGCCACCCGACAGGACACACGCCAGAUCACGCCAGAGGAGAAGUUGACGCUUCGCCAAGUACCUCGUGUGCCGGUGAGCAUUAUGGAGGCGUUUCAGGCGAUGCGGUCGGGCCAGGAAGCGCACCUGUAAGACAUACGCACACCCAUGCAGGACGCAGAGGCAGCCAGGCAUGUGAAGAUGGCUCACAUGUGAGGUGAUCUGAAUGCCCUCCUUUCCCUGUGUGUCUGUCAGGUUCGAGCAGUGGCGUGACGAGAUGGAUAGCGACUUGUUCUAUCUGCAGCUGCCCCUCUGCCAGCGGGCCUAUGUCUGCACGGACCCGUCAUGCUGGGAUGCGCUUGUCGGACCUGCCGGACUGGACAAGUCGCACCGGUAUCACCUGUUUGACCUCUUCGGCGAGGGUGCCCUGACCAGAACACGGCAGAUGAUCACGCGCAAGACGAGCGGCGAGCACUGGCAUGCCAUCAGAAAGGCCCUGAGCCCCGCAUUCGCGUAGGCACGCAUCACACCAUGAGACAGACAAAGGAUGCGUUGCAUUGCAUGGCGGCUGCUGGUUCUUUCUUUCUUGUGCUGUUCCCCUUGGUUGGCUCCUUCAUUCAGAAACAGGACCCUGCUGACCAAAACCCCCAUCUACCAUCGUGUGCUGGGAUCCUUCGUCAAGGCCCUCGAUGACGCGGCCGACAAGCACCUAGCCGUCGAUAUGCCCAAGUGGGGGCUGCGCUACACCAUCGACAUGAUCGGGGAAGUCGCAUUCAAGUACGCACGCACAUUGAGGGAGGGGUGACAUGACGCAGAUCACAUCAAUCACGAUAAAUGCCAUGUAUGCAUGUCGCGUGUGUCGUGUGUGUUUCUUAGCUAUUCGUUCCAUGCGUUUGACGCGGAGCGCAAUGGUGAGGCAUUGGCCCUCCUGCGCGCCAUCGACUUCAUAUUCCAGGAAGUCUGGAGCACCCUCGUCAACCCAUUCCGGUGAGCAUGUCCAUCCAUCCAUCCAUCCAUCCACGCACACCAAAUGUAGCGCGGCGCAGCGCCCAUCCACGCACACCAAAUGCAGCGCGGCGCAGCGCAGCACAAUUGACCUCCCUGGUUGUGUGGCCUGUUUGUGUAUGCAGGCCCUACAUGAUAUGGUGCAGUCAAGUGCGCGAGUACUACCGCUGCAUCAGGCUGUUCCGCGACGUCUGCCGCAAAAUCUACCAGCAGUUCCUGGACACCCCGCCGGACAAACGAGACGUGAGGAAAUGAAUGCAUCUCAUGAUGGUGUGGUGCAGACACACAUGUAUGUGUUUGUGUGGGCUGGGUGUACGUGUGUGUAUAAUACAAUCGAUCCAUCCAUCAGGCCACGUCUGUCAUCUACUACAUCCACAACGCCCCCUACCCGACUGAGUUUGAGAAGUUGUGCGACAUCUACAACCUCCUCUGGGCCGGGUAUUAUGUAACAAGAAACACAACACGCGCAUGCUACAUGCGUCUGUUUUGUCUGCCGUGCUGGGCAUACACGCAGGCACGACACGACAGGCUACACCAUCGCUUGGGGCGUUUACCACCUCUCGAGCAACCCCCGUGCGCUCAAGAAGCUGCAACAGGUUGGUUCGGUCACGCAACACACACGCGAUUGUGGCAGACAGACUUGUGUGCCUGCACGUCUCGUCUUGUGUGUGCAGGAGCUGGACGCAGCCACCUUCGAGAAUGAGUUUCCCACCUACGAGGAGCUGGGUCAGCUGCCGUACUUCAACGCCUGCGUCAAGGAGUUCAUGCGCAUGUAAGAAGAAAAGAAACCGAGAUGAAAUGAGUCGAUCUAUCCAUCCUAUCUGAUCUCUUGUCUGUUUCUCUUUGUCAGCACGCCCGUCGUGGGCAACGGCGGCCUCCGGCAGACAGAGGGCGGCAUCAAGGUGACGUCACGGGGCGUGGACUACUGGAUUCCUGGCGGGUACGAGAUCUUCUUCCCGCUCCUGCCGCCUUUCAGAGACGACAGAAUGUACGUGUGAGCAUGCUGACACAUCAUGUGUGCCGUGCUCUGCUCACGCACUCUGUUCAUUCUCACGUGCGUGUCUCUGACUGAUGGCGGGGCUUAGUUGGGGUGACGGCAAGGUGUUCCGUCCCGAGCGGUGGCUGGAGGCGAGCGAGGAGCAACUGAAGCUCUACAACAAGGUGUUCCAGCCCUUCAGCGUCGCCCCCAGAUCAUGGUGAGGCGGGCGUUGCGUCACACACGACAGGGCCGCACCACAUACAUGUGGCCCGCUCGGGUUGCAUUGUUUUGCAUCCUUUGCCCCUUGCUUGUGUGCCGUGCAGCAUUGCCCAACACUUGGCGUCGAUUGAGGUAGCUAACACAUCAAUGCAAUCACGGCAAUCUAAUCGCGCAGCGACGGAGAGCAGGAAUGUAUGGUGCGUGUGGUCUCUCUGCUGCGUGUCUUGUCAGGUUCGCAUGACCAUGGCGGCGUUGUUCAAGAGGUUCGAGUUCGAGGUCACCACCGAGCCCGACCCAUACUACGCAAUCACGUACGCACACAGACAACAGACACUGGUUAUUUUCACGCAUGCGUGUCUGCCCUCGUCUCUGUGUGUAUGUGUGUGCAGGUACAAGCCCCGGGGGCUGAUGGUCAAGCCCAUCAGGCGCACAUGAAGACAACAACGCCGCAAGACACAACCGACAGACGGAAGGGAGGUAUUUGCGUGUCCCCAACUGCCGGGAUCCUUUUUUUCUCAUGGAGCACCUCGUGCUGCGUCAUAUUUUUAUUUAUCGUGUUGUUGCGUGCCGCAUUCAUGCUAUGCAUGCACUUUAUGUGUCCCUGCACGUGUGGUCAACGGACCUGUUUGUGUAGCACUACGAAGGCCUGCCUCUUCGUGUCCUUUUUUCGGCGCAUGCGAUGGAUGGAUGGAUGGAUGGUGUUUUUCGUCCACUUUUUGUUGUUGCCGCCCGAUUGCCUCAGCCUUCCCUCAUCCACGUCAUGCAAACACGAUGAAUGUCUUUUUCUUGUCACACUAUUUUUCCCCACUGAGAGGGAAAAGCGGGGGGCUUUUUGUUGACCCGGUGUCUCUUUUUCAUUUUUUCCGUGUCCCCGCUGCUCUCACGCGGGGCAGCGGUUUUAUAGCGUCCGUAGAGGCGCCAGUCUUACAUCGCGUGCAUAUAUAUAAUUCCACAACGUCUUUUUGUCAAUGAGCCUUUCGUCGUUGCCUGCGGUGCUCUCUCUGUGUAGUUCUUCCGUCCGAUCAUCGAUGUGAUGUGUUCCUCAGACAUAGGAGGGCGCAUCGCGUCACACGGGAAUGUAUGCUAUUUGUGUGUGUGCGUAUGUAUGUACACGUGCAUUGGUCGAUCGGGAGUGCCUGGCAAGAAGUACGUAAGUACUGCAGUGGUAGGGUGUGGUGCAUACUGUCCAUGCAGCCGAUGCAUGUUGCAUGUCGUGUGUUGCAUGUUCGAUGCACAAUGACAUCCCUUAGACGGAGCACAGACUAUACCUGACGUCUGCUGUCUGUUAAUCGCGAGCUGACGUGUCGACUGGCGGUGUGGAUGCUGUGGUUGUCAGUUUGUUGAGGAAACGAUGUGUCGGCCCGCAGAUGGAUAACCUCGGCUAUAGCCUGAAUAUUCCCAGCCCGCACAACGAGGCCGUAGGGCUCCUUUUGUUCCGUAAAACCUUUGGCAGAGAGGAGAGGGAGAGGGGAGAGAGAGGUACGUGGAGGGAGUGUCAGGAUUGCCAGCUUGGCAAGACGAACCACUGCGAGCUUGUGAGCUAGGGUAGAUUGCUGUGCAACGGAG